AUGUGGUUUCCUCUGCCGAAUUCAUUCUUCAUCUCUCAGGGAGAGUGGGCAGUUGUGACCGGAGCCUCAGAGGGGAUAGGGAGUGCGUAUGCAUUUGCUUUGGCAGAGCGAGGGAUGCAUGUUGUGAUCAUCAGCAGAAGCAAAGAGAAAUUAGACAAAGUGGCAAAGACGAUUGGUGACUCGACAGGCAAGAACACCAAAGUCAUUGUAGCAGACUUCACCAAAGACGAUGUUUUCAAAUGCAUUGAGGAUGAACUGAAGGACAUGGACAUUGGAGUACUGGUCAAUAAUGUGGGUAUAUUGCCGAGUGCGAUCCCUUCCAGAUUCUCCACACCACAAAAUCUGGACACGGUUAUAACCAAAAUAAUCAACUGCAAUGUGAAAACUAUGGCGAAGAUGUGCAGGAUCAUUUUACCCGGGAUGGUGCACAGGAGGAGAGGAGUCGUGAUCAACAUCUCGUCCGGUGUGGCCUCAGUCCCUUUCCCUCUCUACACAUUGUACUCUGCUUCUAAGAUCUUUGUUGAAAGGUUUUCUCAAGCUCUUCAAGUCGAGUACAAGAAAAAAGGAAUCGUUAUACAGGCGGUUGCUCCGUUCAGUAUCUCCACCCGGAUGACUUUGUACCAGGAGACUAAUGCUAUAGUCUUGUCUCCAGAGGACUUUGUGAACACCUCUCUGCAGUACCUCCGAGCUGGGGACAAAACAUACGGAAGCGUCACUCACACUAUGAUGGGAUGGUUACUGCGGAAUAUUCCCUCCAGAUUGCUUUCCACAAAAUCAUGGCAAAAAAGUCUAAAAGAUAGUGUCGGGAAAGCACUUAAAAAAUCCUAA